AUAGGUCUUCUUCAGAUGGCAAUAAAGUUCACAAAUGAACCUCCUCAAGGGAUUAGAGCAAGCUUAAAACGAACUUAUCAGAGCAUCACCCAAGAUUUCUUAGACUAUUCGUCACAACCUCAGUGGCCACCGCUUUUGUACGCAGUAGCAUUUCUUCAUACUGUCGUUCAAGAAAGAAGAAAAUUUGGACCUCUAGGAUGGAAUAUACCAUACGAAUUCAACCAAGCAGACUUUGCGGCAAGUGUUCAAUUUAUCCAGAACCACCUUGAUGAAAUGGACCCUAAAAAAGGCGUUUCAUGGCCUACGAUUUGCUACAUGCUAGGAGAAGUUAUGUAUGGAGGAAGGGUCACUGACGAUUUUGAUAAAAGACUCCUUAUCACAUUCACGCAGGUAUGGUUUUGUGACGUUCUCCUUCGACCAGGCUUUGAAUUCUACAAGAAUUACAAGGUGCCUCAAACAAGGAAUCUUUCUGGAUACAUUGAUUACAUUAACGGACUACAAGCUGCUGAUAACCCUGAAGUAUUUGGUUUACAUGCGAAUGCAGAUAUUACUUAUCAGAUCAACUCUGCUAAAGCUAUUUUGGACACAAUUCUGAACGUCCAACCCAAGGAAGGCGGUGGAGGUGGUGGAGAAACCCGAGAAUCUGUUGUUCAUUGUCUUGCUGAAGACAUGUUGGAAAAACUACCAGAGCCGUAUAACAAUUUCGAAGUCAGGGAGGCAUUGCAAAGGAUGGGACCUUUACAGCCGAUGAACAUCUUUCUCAGGCAGGAGAUCGACAGAAUACAGAAGGUUAUCAAAGAGGUGAAGUCAACUUUAAGCGACCUGAAACUAGCUAUAGACGGGACUAUAGUGAUGAGCCAAAAUCUAAGGACAUCCCUAGACGCUAUGUACGAUGCCAGGAUACCAGAGAGAUGGUUGAAGAUUUCUUGGGAGUCUGCAACGUUAGGAUUUUGGUACACUGAGCUGUUAGAGAGAGACGUUCAGUUCAGAACAUGGAUUCAGACUGGCAGACCAAACGCAUUUUGGAUGACUGGAUUCUUCAAUCCUCAAGGAUUUUUGACAGCCAUGAGACAGGAAGUGACGCGGGCUCAUAAAGGCUGGGCACUGGAUUCGGUAGUUCUGCAAAAUCUGAUAACUCGUUAUAAUAAGGAGGAUAUGAAAGAACCACCUGCAGAAGGCGUCUAUGUCCAUGGUCUUUUCUUGGAAGGAGCAGGUUUGGAUAGAAGAAGCGGAAAACUCAUUGAAAGUAAACCGAAGGUGCUGUACGAGCAAAUGCCAGUAAUCUACAUCUACGCAAUCAACACCACAGCAGGCAAAGAUCCCAAAUUGUACGAGUGUCCCAUCUACAGAAAGCCACAAAGAACAGAUCUGAAAUACGUUGGCUCGAUAGAUUUCGAAACGGAUCACAAUCCAAGACAUUGGACACUCAGAGGUGUCGCUCUUUUGUGCGACAUCAAGUAGAUAGGCUGGAUAGAACUAUUGAUUAAGAUAUUCUCUCACAAUCCUAUGCUAAAUUUAGACAAUCACAUACAAUUUAAAACCAGACUCCAUUUUCCUUUUGAAGAUAAUUGUUUAUUCUUAAACGUGCCACGGAAAGAUCACAAUUAAUAUUCUUCAGCAACGGAAACGGAAAUACCUUGUCCUGCGGCAACUGUUAAAGAGGUGACAAAGCUGAGGCCUAAAGACGAUCGUCGGUACCUUAUUUAAUAUUAAUAUUUAAGGGGCAAUUUGGCCCUUUUAAAAAAGAAAACUUCGUAUGAACGUAUGUCCUAAGCGUUUGAGCUUUUGGAAUACAGGGUGGUAAAGUUUUGUGAAUACCACUUUAGAUGUUUUAAUGAAAUUUGGCGUACAUAUAAAUGUGUAUCAAGAUGCAUUUUUUAAAGUAUUACAUGUU